AUGGCAGACCCUGACACAGGGGUCCCAGUGCCCAUUCUCGGGGUGACCAUUCACCCAGACACUGGUCUAGUGUACCCCUUAGGUGGGCUCUACAUGUGCCCUGUCACUCGGCAACAACAGCCUAUACAGAUUGGCUGUCCAAUGCUGGAGUCCCGUACAGGAAACUUGGUGCUAACUGUUGGAGUGAGUCUGGAUUCAGUAACAGGUGCAGUGCUGCCAGUAGGUGGUGUCUUGCUCUAUGAUUUCUUCAUGGAGCCUCUCAGUGGGAGGAUGCUCAGAGUGGGAGGUGCAACCAUAAGGGCAGGACAACUGGUCCCUCAUGGGGGAGGAUACCAAACCUUUAUAGACUCUAAGGAGCUGCAGCAGGUGUGGUCAAGGAGCCUGCACUGCCACCUCCAACUCCAAACUCGACUGGAGAUGUUGCUGGACUGGUCCGAAGGUCUUGAGCGUGAUGGAGGGGCUUGUGGAGAGAUGCCUCUCACUGGUUCAAAUGUGUGUCUUCCUGCUCUUGUGGGAAUGGAGUAUCCAGACCCAGGUGGUUCAGGCCUCAGUGUGCCUGUUCUGGGAUGUCAAUCCAAUCCUGUCUCUGGGAUUAGACUUCCACUGGCGGGAACUAUGCAAGACGCAGAUGGAAAGGGUGUUGAAGCAAUUCGUUAUGGCAGUCAGACUGUGGAUCCCGUCACAGGGAUUGUGGCGCCAGUAGUCGGAGCCAGACUGGAUAUGUCCAACAAGACUGUGGUCCCUCUAACUGCCUCCUAUUGGCUUACUAUGACUGAGCAAACUGACAGCAUUCAAAUGGAGGGGCUGCAGAAAGAGUUAUGUGCUCGGAACACAUACUGGCAACAGCAGAGGCUCAAGGAGGAGGACAUUCUUUCUGAUCUGGACUCAUCACUUUUCCAGUUUGUCUUCACAGUCUCUGAUACACAGUCUUAUCAGUGGUCAGUGAGACCUUUGAGAGAGGCUGCUCUGGAGAUACAGGAGUCAUCACAGGCUGAAAUCCAAAGGAGAACAGCAGUGUGCGGCCAGUUGGCUCUAAUCUUGCCUGCACAUGUACUACACAUCCUGACAUUGGGUGAUGAGGAGGAGUGGCAUCAGCAUUGUGCUUGGCAGUCUGAACUUUUAUGUGGCCUUGAAAAGCUGGAUGUGUGUAUGGCUCAACUACAAAAAGAGCAUGAAAGAUACACAGCACAUGAAAAUGAAUGGACAAUGUCUCAGACUUCAUUGGACAGACAGCUGAGACUGCGAGAGGUGCAGGAGCAAUGCUGUGCCAAGCAAGCUGAGCUGGAUACUGCUGUUAAUGCGCUGCAUGUUGCCAGGCUCCUAUCUCAACUUAGUGCCGACACCGCUCAGGCCGUGCUAACUGGACAUUUUUGGUACAAACAGUAUGGCUUGAUUGAGUUUGGUGGACACAUAGAAGCAGUAAAUGUCAUGGCUCUACUCCGGGAGAAAGCUCUGCCUUUGCUGGAGAGGCUCAACCAGCUUCUGCAAGAUAAACAUUACUCUGGCUUAUCUCUUAACCCUUACAAUCACAAACUGUCUGAUUUGCAAACAAAACAGGGCUAUGGUAUGGAGGUGGCGUCAAGAGUUUGGACAGAGUCAGUGCCUGCUGUAGUGCAAGCCAAUUCUACUCAGUCUCUGAGAGAACCUGGCAAAACUCAAUCACAAGACACCGGUUUGGAGAUGAGUUCUGGCCCCACCCACCCCUCACAGAGACACACUUUAUCUUCAAGGCUUCAGUCACAAGAGAGCCAAAUCUUGAAAGAACAAGUCAAAAAGAUCUCAGAGGAGGAGUGGGGCAGACUGUUGGAGCAAUCCCCCCUCUUUCAAAUGCUGAAGGGGGUAGAGCUCCAAAUUAAGACCUGGGCCAGCCUAGUAAGAGGAGACCAACACGAAAAGGGUAAAAGGGAAAAGGGCUUUGUGGACGUCCUAGAUGCCCAGUGGGAAUGUGAAGGAGAGCUGAUCCCUUUGUGUACUUCAAACCUUAACCCUAGAGAAUAUUUAGUUUAUCAGCAUGGACUCUUUCUCAUGCAAACCUUGAACAAUCUACAACUGACACCUGUGGUUACCCUGCAAAUAACAAGCAGUCUUCCUGCCAACAACUACAUCAACAAUGCUUUCAGAAACUCUUUCUUUUACCAGGAAGCGGAGAAGAUACUGUUUGUUCGUCGGCAGAGGUUACAGUCAGUUGGGGGUUUUUCACUGCUGCUCCUCCACAGUCUCUGCCACAUCAGACUGAAGGACAUGACCUCAGAUUCCAGUCCAGCCUUCCAGAGACUUUUCUUCAAGGUCCUUCAAGCAGCCCUUGGGGAGCUGUUUCAGGCCCAUCUAAGUGCGCACCCCUUACGGUUGCACAAAGGGGCCCAUUCAGGGGAUUUCAAUGGAAUACUGUGGGAAUCUCAUGCUGACUCUUUACAGCACAAUCCAUGCAGAAGCUUGAUAUCACAAGAUGAAGUUACCAGAUUGCAAAGGAAACACUAUGACACCUCAGUCUUCACACAACUUGAAGAACAGUUAAAACACCGAAGGCUGCCUACUACAGAGUAAAUUUUUUUCCACUUUUCACACUUGCAAAUCAUAGAAAUUGGUCUCAUUUUGUCCAUUUAUGCUUAUUUACCAAUAAAAUGAAGCAAACAUGUCCA